AGUUAUCAGCUUGCCUGCAAGUUAAGACCAUUUAUGAAGGAGUGAUUAAUCCUAUCAAAGUAUGUUAGCAAGUAAGUAGCGUGUGUGCUUAGCAGUCUGAUAUACCCCGCCAUAGUUAGUUAGUAAGUUAGUGUAUCAGAAGUGUGACAAUCGUCAAUGGCCAAGUGAGAGAGCGAGUGGGAGAGCCCACCGCACCUGCCGCCGAUAAGAGUUUUUUCAGGCGACACAAUGACAAUAUUUAACCUCUGACGGCAGCUCAUUUGAGUUUCACACGCCGACUAGAGGAGGAGCAGGUGGAGGUGGAGGUGGUGGCCAGCCAGAGUCAGCAUCGAAUCAUCAGCACAGAAGCACAGCGGAAAGCGAAAGGAGCGCAGAAUCGUGGGCGGACACAUGUUGCCAUGUUGACAAGGGCAUGGGUGUGGGAAUGGAGGUGGCUGAUGUGGCUGCUAUGUUUGCUACCUGGGCAGGUGCUGCUCGGCAACGCCGCCUCGGUCACCUGGGGUCAUGUCAACAAAUACGCCAGCGUGCUGCACACCGAAGAUGUUUACCUGGCGCCGGGUAGCAGCGGUAGAGAUGUGGCCUACGGCUCGCAGAAUGCCAGCGAUAACUACCGGAUUACGGGCGUGCAUGUCGAGGAUCUCGGCGAGGUUGAAGCGGAGGCAGAGCUCAUGGCUGGCGGCAUUGGCCAGCAGUUUGUGGUCCUUCACUGCCGGCGACUUCGGGACUCCGAGGAGCAGCCACAAGCGGCUCAUCUCGAGGUGUCCAUCUAUGGAGUGGACCUAUAGGUUGUUAGCUACUUUGCAGGGGGAAUAAUCCCCAAGCCAUUUGUUGUAAAUAUCAAUUAGAACUUUCAAUGGAGAACUUUCAGCUGUGCAAGCCAGAUAUCUUCCAGUUAUAACAAGCACAAAUAGCAGCUUGAAUUUAUAUAUUUUAAGUAAACAAAUUUUAAAUUCCCUAUACAUGUAACUUUAUGUGAAAUAUCAGUAAGUUAGCAGUUAGCCAUUUUUAAAGUACAAACGUAAGCAUCUGCAGCACUGAACCAUAUUCAAUGCCAUCUUGAGUGGAAUCGACCUCUUCGGAUUGUUUUCACUACAUACGACCUACAGUCGCUAUAGUAAUGAUGGGUUUUAGCUUCUUUAUCCGCUCCUUGCACUGAAAACUUUUUAACUGGCACUGAACAACGUAAUAGUAUUUAAAGUUGAAAGUUGCCAAAGGUUGUGAAGUUUGGAUGUCGCUUAAAGGCUGUCGGGUUUUUAUAAUCUCAUGGAAAUGAGGCAGACAACUAUGUAAGUUUGUAACUAUGCAACUAUUUGCCUUCCUGUGCUCACCUUAAAAAAUACUAUUUUUCCACUGCUGCCAGAUGCGCGAGCUUAAAUUUAUUUAAUUAAAUUGUAAUAAGACCAACAAGUCGGACGUUAUAAUAAACAUUCACUCUGAACAAAA